GUUGCCUGAAGUAAGACUUUGCUGCAUUGAGUCGGCUGUACCGCCGUCAUCCGCACCGCAGCCAGCUAGCAGUCGAGAGAAUCAGGGCCCUACCGGGCCUCCGUAGUCGCCUUUCUACAGUGGGCGGGGCCGAGGCCGGGGUGACCCUGCCGGAACCGCCGCUGCCAGCGACAUGUUCAAGGUUUGGCUUAUUUAAAUGGUGUCUGUGGACAUCUAGAAGUGGUGAUCCCUUGGCAAAGACACCAAGGGUAUGGAGUUCUCCUGAGGAACACGUGGGCUGCUGAUUGGGAAAUCCUGAGCUGGUUUCCUGCUGACCAAGGCCUCUGGAGCCAGAAGGUGGCCUAGUGAAAGCUGGUCUGAGUCACUUCCUUCCUGAAGAGCAAUGAUUUGACCUGUGCUCAGAGCAUACCACCAAAGGAGCUGCAGUAAACAGCUGUAAUUCAGAGGUCUGUGGGGCCAGCCAGCCUGAGCCUACUUACUUUCAGAGUCUAUGCUGCACCGAAAAAGGACUUGCCUCAUAAAAAUUCCAUGAAGGUCGAAGAGCUUUCACUCUACUCGACUCCUGAAGGUCAAUCUAAGUAUGUGGAGAAGCCAAGGACCCAACUUGAAGAAAGUAUCUCACAGCUCCGACAUCAGUGUGAUCCAUAUACAAGUUGGUGUCAGGAAACAUAUUCCCAAACUAAGCCCAAGAUGCAGCGUUUCUUUCAGUGGGGGUUAG